AUGUGGUUGGAUGAGUGUAAUGAUGGUGUGCGUGUUGAAAAAGAGAUGAAAUGUGUAAGAGGGAAGGAGAAACUGAAUUUGGUGGGUUUGAACCAUGAAAGGGGCGAAGAAGAGAAAUGCGAAAUAUUGGGUGAAUGCAAGAUUGUGCAGGUAAAUUCAGUUGAUGAUGUUGGUGGCUCCUACGACGUAGUCCGAUAUGCUAGGCAGAGGACAACCAUAAAGGGCAUGAAAGGUCGUUGUUUUGAUGGCGACAUAGUAAGAGGAGUUAUACCAUAA